CGUCCUCCUCCGGACUGGUUGAAACCGACGGGAAGCGGCUGAGGUUCAGCUGCGGAGCCUCAGGGAGAAACUCAGCCUGCGCACCGAGAGUUCACCACAAACCCAGCGACACACGUUUUACCCCGGUAUGUCUGCAGUCUGCGUGCUGAGGACUCGCUGCUUCCUCCGGCAGGUCUUCCCCGGUCUUCGCGCCGCCAUGCACAGACAAUACAGCCUGAAUGUCGCCGCUCCGCUGCUACGGACGCAGGGCUAUGUGGACGGCCGCUGGGUCUCCGCAGCCGCGGUGUUUCCCGUCCUGGACCCGGCCACCGGGCAGGAGAUAGCCCGGGUUACGGACUGUGGCCCGGCUGAGGCCAAGCAGGCUGUGGACGCUGCGUACAAGGCGUUUCACUCCUGGAAGCAGUACACAGCUAAGGAGAGGAGCAUCCUGCUGAGGAAGUGGUUCGACCUGCUCACUCUGCACAAAGAAGACCUGGCUAAACUGAUCACGUUCGAAUGUGGGAAACCCUUGCGGGAGUCCCUCGGGGAGAUCGCGUACUCGGCCUCCUUCCUGGAGUGGUUUUCAGAGGAGGCUCGGAGAGUUUACGGCGACAUCGUCCCUUCACCCGCCAGGGACAGAAAGAUCCUCCUCCUCAAACAGCCGGUGGGGGUCACCUCCAUCAUCACACCGUGGAACUUCCCCAGCGCCAUGAUCACCAGGAAGGUGGGAGCUGCUCUGGCCGCCGGCUGCACGGUGGUGGUGAAACCGGCGGAGGACACGCCGCUGUCGGCGCUCGCUCUGGCUGAGCUGGCAGAGCAGGCGGGGAUCCCGGCAGGGGUCUUUAACGUGGUCCCUUGCUCCAGAGAGAAGACUCCGUCGGUCGGGAAGGUCCUCUGCACCGACCCCCUGGUGGCAAAAAUCUCCUUCACCGGCUCCACCGCCACCGGCAAAGUGCUGCUGAAACUGGCCGCAGACACCGUGAAGAAGGCGUCCAUGGAGCUGGGUGGCCACGCCCCCUUCAUCGUGUUCGACAGCGCUGACGUCGAUAGGGCGGUGGGCGGAGCCAUGGCCUCCAAGUUCAGGAACUCUGGACAGACAUGUGUGUGUUCAAACCGGUUCCUGGUUCAGAGCGGUGUCUACGAUCGCUUCGUGGAGAAACUGGGCCAAGCGAUGGACGCCGAGCUCCGUCUGGGCCACGGCUCGGAGCCCGACACCACCCAGGGCCCGCUCAUCAACACCAGGGCUGCAGAGAAGGUGGUCCACCAGAUAUCGGAUGCAGUGUCCCAGGGAGCGAAGGUGCUGAAGGGAGGGAAGCGUCUGGACGGGUCCUUCAUGGAGCCGACUCUGCUGGCCGACGUCACCACAGACAUGCUUUGCACGAAAGAGGAAACCUUCGGCCCGCUGCUGCCCGUCAUCAGGUUCAGCACUGAAGAUGAGGCUGUGGCCAUUGCUAACGCGUCUAACGUUGGUCUGGCAGGUUAUUUCUACUCUCAGGAUGUGAGUCAGAUCUGGCGGGUGGCGGAGGCGUUGGAGGUGGGACUGGUUGGAGUGAACGAGGGCCUGUUGUCCACCCCAGAGGCCACCUUCGGCGGGGUCAAGCAGUCGGGUUUGGGCCGCGAAGGAUCCAAGUACGGCAUCGACGAAUAUCUGGAAAUCAAGUACGUUUGCUUCGGAGGCCUCAAACCCUGAACCAGGACGGAGCAGUGCCUCCGUCCAGCAACGUGGUUAGAACUGUAGAUUCACAGAGUAACUGACUGAUCUUUAAUGUUAAUGAACAAGAGCCAAGGCUGAAAACAUCUACAGUACAAUCAGGUUUGUAAAGCUGCUAAAUAUAAAAAAUCAUUUCAGAUAGAAUUCAUGUAGGAAAGUGGUCAGAUGACCUUUCACAGAUCAGAACUCUGUAUCGUCAGCGUGACUGAGGUCACGGUGUCUGUCCCAGGGUCCCUGUGUCUCACUGGUCUCAGACCAGCUCCCCUCUUAUUGUCUCAUACGUUGCCUUUUCCUAAGAAACUGUUCAUGAUGUAGGAUGUUUUGAUUCGGGGGAAUACUGGUUUCUGAUUGGCUAGAUGAUGUUAUACCACUGCCACUGUUCACCAAUCAAAAUGAGAGGAGUGUUAACUCACGUUGUUGGUUUCAUUUUUUCUGUUUCAGUGUAAAACAAAUGUAAUGAUGCUACUCUCACCAGUAGGAGGAGCUGUAGUCCAAGUUAAUGCUUUAUUCACAUUUCCAAACAUUUUUUUUUACUUUUACAAGACAAAAAGAUUCAAGAAUAAUAAUUUAAGCAAAGUCUCUGAUUAAAUUCCUCAAAUUCAUUAAAGACCAGGACCGAGCCACUAACUUUAACCCAGACUCUGAUGGACAGUGGUGUCAUCCAGGACCAGGUCCCAUGUAGUAACCCACAAAAUAACAGUUUGCUGAUGAACAUCCCUGAAAGUAACAGGCUCCUCGGCGCUAACGUUAGCAGCAGUUUAGCAAACUGUCAUUUGACAUGUUCCAUCAGCUCAGCCAAUCAGCAUGUAGUAUUCUGUCACCAUGGUAAAAAGAAAAAUCCUCACUGAAACCUCUAACUUGAUUUCUUUCACUGCAGAAGCACAUUAAAAAAACUGUAAAAUUUACUGUGAUAAAUUCAAAUGCACAAAACCUCAUGUUAGAUUCUGUAAAUUCAUUCUGUUUGUAUUGAACAGCCUGAUGUUCUGUCAGAGGCCUGAUAUGGAAAAACAUAUUGUUCUAAUGAUUAAAAUACAUGUGAACAGAACAGAAUAAAUAAAAUCACAUUCAAACUGAGUAAAAACAAGUUUAAACAUCAGAAUUAGGUCAUUGUUAUGAAUCUAAUGCAUGUGCCAUUUACCCAGAACCAACCAGUGGGUUAGCUUAGUGUGUUUACACUUGUAAACCUGUUAGAGAUCAGUACUGAUUGUUUGCAUGCAUCCAAUAAAUUCCAUUAAAAGAUGUCAUUAAUUAUUGUAAUAUAGUGCUUAAAUAAAACUGUGUAGAUGUUAAUGUUCAGUUUGAUCCCAGGUAAAGCACAGGGAGCUGACUGUCCAGUGCCAUGUGACUGAUUUUUUUAUUUCUUACAGUUUCUGAUCAUCCAGGUGAUCCACUGUUGUUCAGUACUGUUCUACAGCAGAUUGUGUUUCUAAUAUAAUUCUAUUGUAAUAUACUUUGUUGAGUCUACGUUGAUAUAAAUCUAGAUUUUUGUAUUUCUGUAGAUAUUAAUGGAAAAUUAAAAAAACUGUGUAACAUGCUGUCCAGGUGAUUUUUGUACGACAGGUAACGAAAGAUGCUCAGAAAUUUUACCAAUAAAGAUUGUGGUCUGUG